AUGGCUACGCUGUUAAGGAAAAUGUGGAAAACCCACUCUAAGCAUAAGAAACUCUGCGAGGAGUGGGCACUGGCGGAGUGCGAAGGCGAAGGCUGGUGGCGUGAGGCGCGUGACGGGAGCGGACACAGUGAGGUGCGAUACGCGGGCGCGUCGCCCGUGGAGCGAGCCGCUUCCGCCCCCGCUACCGCACUCGCUGUUCGCUCCACACUGCACACCGUUAAAUCUUCAAACAAAAAACUGCAGAGGGUGAGUCUCGAUAUCAGUCCGAAGGGCAUUUUGGUCACAGACGUCGACACACAGGAGAGUGUGCUUAGUGUAUCUAUAUACAGGAUAUCAUACUGCUCGGCCGACGCGGCGAACGCGCGCGUAUUCGCCGUGGUGGAAGGCAAGAGCGCCAGCGGGGCGGAUGAGAGUCACGUGGUGCAUGUGUUUGUGUGCGCGCGCCGCAAGCAGGCGAGGGCGCUCGCCUUGUCUCUAGCGCACGCCUUCAACGACGCAUACCAGGCAUGGCAAGCAAACCAAGGCAGCUCCCUGCAAUCCAAUGGAAAACGACUAGCACCCUGGGUUCGAUUCCCCGAAGAGUCCGAUGAGGAAACUGACAGCGAGCAUUGGCAGUCUCCCGCUCCUCUUGUCACCUUCGCC